GAUGGCGGCUACCAGAGGUAUUCUAAGUGGUCGAUUAGCUUUAGUUACUGGAGGAGCUAGUGGAAUUGGUAGAGCUGUGUGUGAAAGCUUUGCCAAGCAGGGCGCAAUAGUAGCAGUUGUCGACAAGGACAUCAAUGGYGCCAAAGAAACUGCAGAAAGUCUCCAAAAUAACAACCAAAGUCAUGCUUUCUACUCUGUGGAUGUAUCGUCKUCUGAUGAAGUAGGCAAUCUAAUAAAAGAUGUCAGAGCAGAGCAUGAAAGAGCUCCUUGCAUUCUUGUGAAUUCUGCUGGUAUCAUUAAAGACGCUCUGUUUUUAAAAAUGAAGGAAGAUCAGUUUGAUGAUGUAAUUAAAGUAAAUCUAAAGGGCACAUUUCUCAUGUCUCAACAUGUAUCCAAAGCCAUGGUAGAAGACAAAAUAGUCAAUGGCUCUAUUGUCAACAUAUCAAGUAUGUCUGGAAAAAUAGGUAAUGUUGGACAAGCYAAUUAUGCAGCAUCCAAGACAGGUGUACAAGGGUUAACAAGAACUUGUGCUCGUGAACUGGCAAGGUUUGGUAUUAGGUGUAAUGCUGUUCUUCCAGGAUUUAUUGAUACACCCAUGACAAAGCAGGUACCAGAGGAAUUAAUGAAUCAGGUUGUUGGAAUGAUUCCUUUAAACAGAAUGGGACAGCCAUCAGAAAUUGCAGAUGCUGUCACUUUCCUAGCAUCAGACCUUAGCAGUUAUAUAACUGGAAUUUCACUUGACGUCAAUGGCGGUCUAGCGAUGUAACCAUGGUAACUUCUAGGCAUAGACCGACAAUGUUCUGCGAAGUCAMAUAAGGCCUGUGACAUUUGCCGAAUCUUAUACGGAAUGAGAUGAAAUAAUAGUGAGCACAACAAAGUGUCAAAGAAUAAAUUAUGCAGCUGUGAAAUACGACUCAACUACCCUUGAAUUUACAAACUUUCGAUGGGUAUAGUGGAUUUAGCAUAGCAUAGUUAAUAACUAUUAACUAUGAGCAUAGUUAAUAACUAUUGAUUUAGUGAUAGGACGUGACUUUACGUGGUAAACGUGGUAGUUUCAUUAACCAAAGAACACUUCUUGUUGUUUAUAGSUAAAUUUUCUCGUAACUUUACAUCAAUUGCGGUUUCCGCAUGUAUUUUUAUUGCAUCAUGGCCGAAAUUCAAUGGACGAUGUUGACACAACAAUGAUCAUUAUAAUUUCUUUUGUUCAAUCACCCACCCAACAUGGCGGCUUUAGCAGUGGUUAUUAUUUCUCAAGGGAUUAUGGUUGACUCCUCACAUAAGUUCAUUUUUUGUUUGAUAUAAAAGCAAAUAUUUUCUGA